CGCAAUGUCGGGGGCUUCGAUUGCAGAGUCCUCGUCGGACUCGCAAGCGCCCUAUUCGAUCCAUGUCGAAGUUCCACCGCGGUUCUACGUCUUGCCAGGGGCUGCGAUGGUAGUCGGGACGGCCCUAGGUCUCGCGCGGGGCUCGCGGGCGGCCGGUCUACGGUUCCUCGCGGAAAACGCGCAUCGACCACCCACGACGCUCAAGGGAUGGUAUCUCUACAAGAAGACGAAGAACUACCGGAUGAUGCUAGCGGGGCUGCGCGAGGGAGGGGCGGAGGCGGCGAAGCUGGGAAUCACGGCGAUGGGCUGGGUGACGUUCGAGGAGGGGCUGAAGCGGCUGGGAUGGGAGGAGGUGAGCGAGAUCGGUGCCGGGGUGGGGACGGCAGGCUUGUUUGCGGGUGUAUACCGACUCCCGUUGAAGACAGCUUAUCGGGCGGGGAUUCUGGGACUGCUGAUUGGAAUCACGAUGCGCGGGAUACGCUACGGGCGAGACCAGCUGGAGGAGGAGGCACGGACACGCGCAGUUGCGGGUGCGGAGGCGGUGGGAGAGCAGGGGCAGGAGGACGAGCGGGAUCGGAGGGGAUGAGUAGAGUAGUACAGUACCUGGAGCUUGGAGAGUGCAUAUGUUUGUCUGGG